AUGAAAAAUGAAAUUGAAGCGAUAAUGAACACUAAUUAUUAUAAACGAUAUCAUUAGACUAAAGUCUCUCUACUUAUAUAUUUUGAUUUAACAACUAUUAGUAUCACUGAUUUUGAUCUGAAUCCCAAAAGGGACUUAGUAAUAUCCUAAUUAUACAAUCAAGGACAGAAUAGUAACACAACAAGAGAGAGCCAAAAUCUAGAUUGCUAGCAACCAUUAAGCGUCCAGUUCAUUAAUUGCCAAAUAUACUAUUAUUAAGAUAAUUCAAAUAAUUAGGAUAUCGAUAGAUAGAUUAAUAAGAUUACAUAAAGAAUGUAGACAGGUAAUCCUAUAACAUUAAUAUAUAAUAGUGAUGAAAGUUCUUAUGAUUACCUGGAUGCAAAAUUUUAGAGUCUAAUUGAUAGCUAAACUAAAUGGUUAUAAGGGACAGACCAAUAUAUGUAGAAAGGUUUCCUGAAAAUAAGAUGGUCGAAAUAGUUUGAAUCAAACAAGCAAUAAUGA